GGUUGGGUGUUCCUGUUAUUCUGAGAAACUCAGAAGAAACAGAAUCCAGCACAAGAGUUUUGAAAAAGCGGAUGAGACAAGUGAAGAAUCCUUUUGGGUUAGAAAUCCCUCAUCCUGCUACAGCUUCAGUAACAAAGGGUAUAACACUGACACCUGAUUGUCUGGAAGACUGUAUUCUUACAUGCUAUUGGGGCUGCAGUGUUCAAAAACUCCACGAAGCGUUGCAGAAACAUGUCUACUGCUUCAGAAUAAAGACUCCUCAGGCAUUAGAGGACGCUCUGUACAGCGAAUACCUCUAUCGACAACAGUACUUCAUUAAAAAAAAUGACAAGGAAGAAAAAUAUUGUCAGUUACCAGAAGAUGCUCAAGUUGUCGAUUUUGGCCCAGUGCCUAGAUCUCGCUAUCCAUUGAUAGCAUUGUUGACGUUAGCUGAUGAAGAAGACAGAGAAAUAUAUGAUAUUAUUUCAAUGGUGGCUGUAAUUCACAUUCCUGAUGAGAGCUACAGACUUUCCUGUAGAAUAUUGUAUCAGUAUCUACUUCUAGCUCAAGGUCAAUACCAUGAUCUGAAGCAACUCUUCAUGUCUGCAAAUAGUACCGCACCAUCUUCAAGCGAUGCGUCCCCUGGUGAGAGAGGCACUGACAGAAGCUUGCUAGAAAAGGCCGGACUGGCUGAAGAUGAACCAGAAUUGCAUGAAGAAAACAGUAAAGACUGUGUUGUCUGCCAGAAUGGCACAGUGAACUGGGUACUCCUGCCCUGCAGGCACGCCUGCUUGUGUGACGGCUGCAUUAAGUAUUUUCAGCAGUGUCCAAUGUGUAGGCAGUUUGUUCAAGAAUCUUUUCCACUUUGCAGUAAAAAGGAGCAAGAUGAAGAUGACUCAACCCGUAUCUUGCAAGAUGUUCUUCCUGGAAGAGUUUUUUAAUGGGGAAGAAGUAGAAGAACCGGGUUGUAUGCACCAAGAUUAAAUGUAGAAAACAGACUGUUUAUGGGAGGAUACGUAGCAUUAACUUGUAUGGUUUUGCUUUUUAUUGUUAGGUAAUUUUCAGCUUCCUUAUUUUUCUUCACUCCAUAUGCUCGCAGGAACACUAUACUGAUCCAUGCGAUGUGGACAGAAGUGCGUAGGAUAUCUUUGAAGGAUGUGAUUUUAUUUAUAACUUCUUACUAGUUUUUCAUGGAGUACUAUUGGAGGCUGUUUUGAUUACUAAAUUUAGUAUAUCUACUAAAAAAAGAAUAAAACCUGCAAGUGAAGUUGCACACAGCUCAUUCUAUAUUUAUUGUAUUUCAAAUACUAGAGCAAUGUAUCAUUUUGACUCAGUAUAAUUUAGAAACAUAGCACUUUACAGAAUGUAUCAAAUGAAGGAAAGUAAAUAUUCUUCAUCCUUAAA